UUACAGUGGAAGUUAGUGGUUUUGUAGCACAUCUUCUUCAAAAGGUGGGGAAGUGGCAGCUCUAGCCUGGAGACGCCAUGACCAGAUGCUCUGGAGUGGCGCAUGUUCCCUGCUUAAUGGAAAAUGGUUGUAUGUGCCCACCUCAGAGUAUAGAUCAAUCCUUGAAAGCACUUGGCUGAGAGCAAUGUUACUGUCCUUGAGGAAGAAGUAAGGCCCUGGGCAAGCCAGUCUCAGAUUGUGAAUAUGAAAUAUGCUCUGACUUGCCACAUGCUGGGGCUGGACCUGGGGGCUGGCACAAGGGGCAUGGCCACAUUUGAGAUGGUGGGAAGUUAACCAAGCUUUAACUGGGAACAAAGAAACUGGAUCCUGUUUUGUGAGUCUGUUUGCUGAUGCUGAAAUAAUCUGAAAUGGACAGAAUGGUAGCUGUGAGAAAUUCCAAUUUGUUUGAGAAACAUGGAAGACCACGUGGUGGUAGUCGCAUUCCUAUAACCUACAAACAAGCUGGCCAGUACAGUACAGGUGUGCAGUACAAGAUGGGGACCAGCAUACUUGGGUGCUUCCUAUGUGGCAGGCACUGUUCUUAGUUUUAACUCACUUAAUAUUAAUGAGCUCAAGUUUUACUUUACUCAUUUAAUCCUCAUAACAACCGUAUAGCACAGGAACUAUUAUUAUCCUGCUUUUGUGGAUGAGAAAACAGAGAGAGGCUAAGUAAUUUGUCCCAAUAACAAAGCUAGUACGUGUUGGGGCUGGUUCAUGCCAGCCAGUCAGACUCCAGGCUCUUCCACUCAUCACUAUAAAUAGUAGGUGCUUUAACCCCCGUAGCUCCUCUGAUGGUGCAGCUUUAUCAGUCUAAGCCAGCCACAUUCAGUGUGAGAUCUUGGUUAUUAAGGGCAAGGAUCUGAUGGUACAACUGGUAGGUUCUUUCCAGGGAUCUUGGCUUAUAAAAUACUUGAUACUUGUCACCCACUGUUCACCAGCUGCUGUUUGAAUCUCCCGUUGUCUUAAGUGAAAUAGUACAAGUGGGCAGAUGAGUCUUCAAGAGUAGCUGUAAAAUCCCUGAGAUGCAUUGCAGGAUGUAUUGAAAAGCUCUUAACUCUUUUAUGGUCACUGGUACUUCGAGCAUCAGUACUUUGCUUUAUCCCGGGCAUGGGUCACCCAGGCCUUGUCUCUUUUUGUCUAUAUUCCUUCAGACUUAAACUGAUGUCUCCAUAGGAUUUUCAGACUUGAAAAAAGUCAUCUUUUCAUAAAAUGAUUAAUCUUAGGCAAACAUCAAAGUAGACCAUUUGGGUGGCUAGAUUUAAAAGUAAAAAGGGAGAGGAGAGAAAUAGAAGGAAGAUAGAAGGAGACUGGUUCAUGGGUGUGCCUGUCUCCUCUCAUUCCUGUUCUUUUUUUUUUUCAAGUUUAACAAGAAAUUUAAUGUUUUUUCAUUGCUCUAAUUCAAGCUCUAACAUUAUCAUGUUGGCAAACAAAAACAGGAAACAACAAUAAUGAGCUCCACUGAGCAAGAUAUCGCCACAUGUUGACAUAAACACAGUGGUGAGACACUGAUAUACCAAGGUUAUGAAGCCUUCUUGAGUUGUUUGUACAGUAUGCCAACAUAAGCACCUGGUGGCAAGUUCACAAACUUAAUUGUCAGAGCUUAUAUGAAUACUGGUUGGGGAGGGACGUAAUUCAGCCCACAGCAAUUGCUAAUAAGAACAGUUACUGCUACUACUUGGAAAAAUUUAACCACUGAAAAGCCCAAAUACAAAUAUGUAUGUAGGCUGCACAGUUUUUCUUGUGCCGCAGGGUCUAAUGUGGCCCAUCCUGGCACUAGCAGUUCAGAACAAUCCAUCAACACAUUAAUAGGUGUGAAACAUUCUGCAGGGUUCACAGGGAGCGUCUCUCCACAUGGCUGGUAUCAUUUCUGUCACAUUGCAGAUACAGGGUCUGUGUGUCUCCCACAGACAUGAAGCAAUGUCUUCUGGGCCCAGAGGAACAGUACUCGAGCAGCACCAGAGACAGCUGCCUGCCUAGGACAGAGACCUUCCUGGCCUUUGAGGAGCCCAUGGGCCUCACGCUGGCCUCAGUAGCACUCAUGCUGGCUGGGCUAGCGGUGCUGGUCCUUGGGGUGUUUCUGAAGCACCGGGACACACCAGUGGUCAGGGCCAACAACAGAGCUCUCAGCUACAUGCUCCUCACCUCUCUGGCCCUCUGUGCCCUCUCUGCUUUACUCUUCAUUGGCCGUCCCACCGCUACCACUUGCUUCCUCCGCCAGACCACCUUUGCCAUUGUGUUCACUGUGGCUGUCUCCUCCAUCCUAGCAAAGACCCUCACCGUGGUCCUGGCCUGACCAGGGGACAGGGUCCAGAUGUGCCUGGGACCCAAUGCCUCCACCUUGGUGGUCCUCGUUGCCUCCUUAGUGCAGGUUGUUCUCUGUGGGGUCUGGAUGGGCACCUCCCCACCUUUCCCAGAUAGGGACACAGUCUCAGAACCCAGCCACAUUGUCAUCCAGUGCCAGGAGGGCUCUGGCAUCGCUUUUUCCUGUGUGCUGGGCUACUUGGGCCUCCUGGCUGGGUUCACCUUUUCUGUGACCUUCCUGGCCAGGGGUCUGUCCAAUGCCUUCAACGAGACUAAGUUCCUCACUUUCAGCAUGCUGCUCUUUUGCAGUGUCUGGACAACCUUCUUGCCCCUGUACCACAGUGCGCUGGGCAGGUCCACAGUGGCUGUAGAGAUCUUCUCUAUCCAGGCCUCCACUGGAGGGCUGCUGGGCAGCAUCUUUAUCCCCAAGUGCUAUAUCAUCCUAUUAAAACCGGAGCGGAAUACCCCAGGCUGGUUGAGGCUAGGACCUGGGAUUAGUGGGAAAAACAGAGCAAGGAGCUCCAGAGCCGGCAUCUGCACAGACCCACACCACAAAUUUUCACAAGCCAGUCCUCCCUGAAGACAUUUGGGCCAUUGAUUUGCAUUCAUUGUUUCCAG